CUUCGCGAUUUCUUUUUCCAUAAAGUGUCCCAUCCAUCCAUCAAAAUCGACGACCCAAAAUAUCAACCUUACGGAGCCUUCGAGUGGGCUCUUCCCUCCAAGCCGAAUUGGACUGAACCGCUUGGGCAGAAGCUUUGCAUCUUGGAUCUGGACAGUCGGCCGCUGGACUCCGACGGUCACAUUUUCGGCCCCAAUCCGAUCAAUUGGACCCAUGCUGAGUCUAUCCAUGGUCCGUCCCUGGGAAUUCUCCAGCAUUGGGUGUAUGCCAAGAUCCAUGGCUACGCCUACUACUUUGUCCGGACGGGCGAAUUUGAGGACCGUCGGGCUUCAUGGAAAAAGCCCACCAUUAUCGACCGCGUGCUCCAGAAGCAUCGCGUCUGCGUCUUCGUGGACUCUGACGCCAUCUUCAACCACCUAGACUUGCCUUUCGAAUGGCUCCUGAACUACUGGGACAUUCGGGAUACCGACUCCGUGUCCCUCGCCAUUGACCCCGACCUUCCGCAUAAUAAGGACGAGAAGGGCAAGCUCUACCUGAACACGGGAUUUAUUAUCGCCCAAAAUCAGUCGACCACCUUCAGCAUCAUGCACGACUGGGCCUCUUGUGUCGAUGGCGACAAGUACCCCAACUGCACCGAGUAUCGUACCAAGUCGUAUGGACAUCCCUCCGAUCAAGGCGGCUUUGGCAACUACGUGCGCUACGACUACGAGGACAACAUCAAGGAGCUACCUUGCGCCGAAGCCAACGGCUUUGCCGAGCAUGGCUCGGAGUGUCUUGGUACCUUUAUCAAGCAUUUAUGGACGGGGAAGCGCGAUCUGAUCAAGAUUGCUGUUGGCCAGCAAAUCCCCGGCGAUUUUCUGCGGAUUUUACAUGAGCAAAUGCUCAAGGAGAAGGACAAGUUCUUCGUGACCGAGGAAGAACUAUUAGGUAGAUGA